ACCUGCUCUGCCCUUCAGGAAARCUGCUCUGUUCCUUGUUUGAAUGCUGUCUCACAGGGUUCCUUUCUAGGUUUGGGUCUCCAGACUCCAAACUGGGGAGGCUGAAGAAAGCAUCGUCUUUCCCCGCGGAGUGUCACUUUGUUUUGAACUAGUCUUGUUUUAGAAAUACUACUGCAUUCUGUUCUAAUUUUCCAGAGCCCCCUAAUCUUCUUCCAGGCUCUUAAUGAUGUAGUUGAUAAUAGGAUUGUUGGUAUUAAUUUGGAACAAUAAUGCCAGCUGCUUGCUUGGUGGCUAUUGGCAGAGGGGUGACCUUGCAGGUCAGCUAAGCAGAACUGGAAGUGCUUUGAUCUGAUCUAUACAGAGCCAGAUCUGUGCACCCGAACGAGAGGAGCGAGCAAAUUCUCUCCCCAUGGGAUGCUGAUUCUUCUCCAAACAGCAGGGAGGACAGCAUGGCGGGGGCCCUGGAUGCAAUCCUCGCUCGGAUCAAGGAUGUUUGUAAAAGGAAUGGUUUGCUCAUCCUCUCCGUGUUGUCCGUCACCAUCGGCUGCCUCCUGGGAUUCUUCCUGAGGACGAGGCGACUCUCCCAGCAGGAAAUUAGUUACUUCCAGUUUCCUGGUGAGUUGCUGAUGAGGAUGCUGAAAAUGCUGAUUCUCCCUCUGGUUGUCUCAAGCUUGAUGUCUGGGCUGGCAGCCCUGGAUGCCAAGACUUCCAGUCGAUUGGGAAUCAUAACCGUCACUUACUACCUGUGGACAACGUUUGUGGCUGUAAUUGUGGGGAUAAUUAUGGUCUCCAUYAUCCACCCUGGUGGAGCAGCACAGAAGGAGAGCACUGAGGAGGGCGGGAAGCCCAUCAUGAGCUCUGCAGAUGCACUGCUGGACUUAAUCCGGAACAUGUUUCCAGCCAAUCUUGUUGAGGCCACAUUCAAGCAGUAUCGCACCAGGAGUAUUCCCAUCAUUAAAUCUAACAAAGCAKCAUCUGAAAGCACAACUCGCCGCAUUAUAAUAUACGGAGUCCAGGAUGAGAAYGGAUCCAAUGUCCAGAAUUUUGCCUUGGAUAUCACUCCCCCUCCUGAAGUGAUUUACAAAUCAGAGCCAGGCACUAGUGACGGCAUGAAUGUGCUGGGGAUUGUGAUWUUCUCUGCCACAAUGGGUAUAAUGUUGGGAAGAAUGGGCAACAGUGGCGUUCCUUUGGUCAGCUUUUGCCAGUGUUUGAAUGAGUCUGUCAUGAAGAUAGUGGCAGUUGCUGUUUGGUAUUUUCCAUUUGGAAUUGUGUUCCUAAUAGCUGGCAAAAUCUUAGAAAUGGAUGACCCCUCAGCCAUWGGGAAGAAGCUGGGUUUCUAUGCCAUUACAGUGGUGUGUGGCCUGGUGGUGCACGGGCUGUUUAUUCUGCCAAUGAUGUACUUCUUCAUCACCAAGAAGAAUCCCAUUGUCUUCAUCAGAGGGAUCCUUCAAGCCUUGCUCAUUGCUCUGGCCACGUCCUCCAGCUCAGCCACUCUGCCUAUCACUUUCAAGUGCUUGCUGGAGAAUAACCACGUGGACAGGAGGAUUGCGCGGUUCGUGCUGCCCGUGGGAGCCACCAUCAACAUGGACGGGACGGCGCUGUACGAGGCCGUGGCCGCAAUCUUCAUCGCCCAAGUGAACAACUACGAGCUGGACUUUGGGCAGAUCAUUACCAUAAGUAUCACAGCAACAGCUGCCAGCAUAGGUGCUGCAGGCAUCCCACAAGCUGGCCUGGUGACAAUGGUCAUUGUUCUCACCUCGGUGGGGCUCCCAACAGACGACAUCACGUUGAUUAUUGCUGUCGACUGGGCACUAGACAGGUUUAGAACAAUGAUCAAUGUCCUGGGAGACGCGCUGGCUGCUGGGAUCAUGGCCCACAUCUGCCGGAAGGAGUUUAUCAAGGAUGGUGACGAGGUGCCAUUGAUCUGUGAAACUAAGCCUAUUAACAUCCAUCAGAUUGUGGCUUACCAGAGGAAUGGCUGUGUGAAGACCAUGAAUGAAUCUCGUGGACCAGAAACAGUGAAAGGGCAGCACCAUAUACCCGUACAAGUGGAGCAAGAAGAAACUCCAGUGGAGAAUCACACUAAGAAAUCCAACAGCAAAGACCACUGCACUAUCGAAAUAAAUGAACUGGAAACAAAUGUGUGACUGCUACACUCAGAGGUAUCUCUAACCUCAGUGACCUGAUACCCAAUCUCUACCUCACAGCUGGAAGAAGGACWCUUUGCCUUGAACAGGAAAAUGUGGAAUUAUUGCCACCCUGCUUGUACUGGAGCUAGGAGACCAGCUGUGAACGUCAAGAAAGGCACACAGCUUGCAAGAGACAUGGGCUUCUUUAGGUGGAAGA